CUGCUGGCUUCCUCCGCAGCUCUAUGGUGAUGAAGUAGUACGGAUGCUCCUGUGGGCCAAGUGAAGACGUAGUGUGUGCGGGCAGCGUGCCUAUGGCAGGUCUGGAGGAAGGCAGCGACGUGCUGUUCAGGCGAGGAGGCGGCCAGAGUGAUGAUUCUGAUAUCUGGGAUGAUACUGCUUUAAUAAAAGCAUAUGAUAAAGCAGUGACUUCUUUUAAGAAAGCUCUGAAGAAUGGAGACUGUAACAUUGGACCUCCGUCACCAGAGAAGAGUACCAAUCCGAAAAGAAAAAAUAACAAAAAGAACAAGGGCAGGAAGAAGAACAAUGCACUUCCCCUGAAAAAGUGGAGAGUUGGAGACCCAUGCAAUGCUGUUUGGUCAGAAGAUUGCAAUCUUUACCCAGCCACUAUCUCUUCUAUUGAUCCAAAACACGGGACAUGUAUUGUUGUGUAUACUGGCUAUGGCAACAGCGAGGAGCAAAAUCUAACAGACUUGCGCUUCCCUGACAGUUCAGAAGUAGAUAGUGAUCACAAAGAUCCAGUACAGGAUGUUAAUGGGGAGAAGCAUUCAACAGAUGAAAGUGACAGGUCAUCUGCGGACUCCGAAAGCAGAGAUCAGCGCAGUGCGGCUACAGCAAAGAAUGCUCCUUGGAAUACCCAUUUCCCCCCAGCUCCACCUCCCUUUAUGCCAGGGUUUGGACGGCCUGGUGAGAAAUCUAGUCAAGCGCCUCCAUUCUUUGCUGGCUGGCCUCCAUCAUUUCCUCAAGGCCCACCUUUGAUCCCCCCUCCUCCUCCAAUGGGUCCUGAUAUCGCAGAGGAUGAUGAAGCCCUGGGAAGCAUGCUAAUUGCCUGGUAUAUGAGUGGCUACCAUACUGGUUAUUAUCUGGGUUUAAAGCAAAGUCGGAUGGAAGCUUCAUAUGGAAAAUAUCCACAACCCAAAUAGAAAAUAUAAAUUCAUCAGCAUGCAACAUCUCUCCUAGGGAGAGGACCUGCUUCUGGGCAACGGAGACAUGAAGACAUCUUUCUGAACUGUUGCUGUCAUUUGAUGCAUACAACUGUCGCCAUAUAGCAAUAUGUUUUACGUAACUUGUAUUUAGUCUGUGUAUUUGAGUUUAUUUCAGUCUGUUUAAUAAAAAAAGACACUUGUUUUAAAAUGCUGCAAAUAAAAUUUAUUACAAUGCAUUUGUUAAUCAUGGCAUUUUGUGUUCCUUUCAAUCAUCUCUAAUACCCUAGCGUAGCAGCCGAUU